UGUGUAGUAUUUAAUCUCAUAGGAAUUACAUGCAUAUUAGAGUAAACCAUUUGCAAAAGUUUGUUUCAUUUUGAAAGAUUGCCUGUUUCAUCUUACAGUUAUGAUUCUUCUGCUAGUGCUAUCUCUCAUCUCUUUUCAUUUAGCACAAUGUUGUCGAUAUGGCGAGGUUCGUUUGGCUGAUGGUAGAGUUGAAACUGAAGGACGAGUUGAAAUAUGCAUUGGUGAUUCAUGGGGGACUGUCUGCGAUGAUAGAUUCACUAAUAUCAAUGCUGCAGUUGUAUGUCGACAGAUUGGAUACACAACUAACUUUACACCAGUUACUGUGUAUCGGUCAAGGGCUUACUUUGGAAUGGGCUCUGGAAGGAUACUCUUGGAUGAGAUCAUUUGUAAUGGAUCAGAGAGCCGUUUGGUUGACUGCGAUAUGGACCGUGAAUCGAUUGGUACUCAUGACUGUGAUCAUAGUGAAGAUGUUGGUGUCAUAUGCACUGAAAUAAAUUCUGCCAAUGCAGUAUCAGUAUGUAGUACUCAAUUGGAUGAUCGACUAUGGAACAAAAUGACUUCACAGGGCGAGUGUGAGCCUUACUACAAGACAAAUGUCACUUCUGUCUGUGAUGCCUACUUCUCUGAAACUGACUAUGUCUAUUUUCCCAAGGGACAAACCUACGGCCAGCCUCACAUACGAUUCUUCAUGGAAGAGCUUACAAAAAGCUUCCCAUUCACUUCUGACUGCUAUGACAUUGUGGCAAAGGCACUGUGCACUUAUUACUACUUACCUUGUGGGACUCGUGAUGCUAUACACGUUCCUCAGUUCCUCUGUCCUCAGAUUUGUAACUGCAUUUCAACCGACUUGUGUGCCGAUAACUGGGAAAUAUUGCUCAGAACAAUAAGCAAUUUUAAAUUUGAGUCCAUGACAGAUAGCAUUGAUCCACCUGAUUGCAGCAAUCCAGGAAAACUCAUUGAAUCUCUCAAUCUUAAUGGUGACUGCUGUUCUGAUGCUUCUAUUAAUCAUCAAUGUAAUGGUAAUUCAAAUGUUGCUGUAGCAGUCUCUGUAACAUUGGUAUUGCUCUUGCUUGUGGCAGUGAGUGUUGCCGCUGUUGUGGUGAUUGUCAUUGUUGUUUUGAAGAAGAAAAAACGUGAGAAAGUUAAAGUCCGCGUCGUAUGGAAAAGAAAAAGAUCAGUUAACUUGAGCUUGGUCUCAAGAGAGUCUCUCAGAUACUAUCCAGGGGAAUCUGUUAGACCUGCACUGUCGCCAGGAGAAUUGUGCUCUUCUGUUCAAGUUUCACCAACUCAUGGUCAAAAACUAUCGGAAUAUGCCAUACCAUGGUCUUCCAUUGCUCUGCAGGAAACAAUUGGUCAAGGUGAAUUUGGUAUUGUAUAUCGAGCUUUGUUGUCAAUGGAAAAUGGAGCCCCACAACCAGUGGCUGUUAAGACAUUAAAAGGAUCGUUUACUCAAAACGAUGUAGAGUCAAUAGUUGAUGAGUGCAUUCGAAUGAUGUCUUUUGAUAAUGUGAACGUCCUUCACCUCAUUGGUGUCUGCAUUGACAUGGGACCUGCUCCAUAUAUUGUAAUGCCUUUUAUGGCAAAAGGAAGCUUGCUCUCCUAUCUGAAAAAAGAGAGGCAUAAUCUCACAGUCGCUGAAUCCAGUGAUGAUGACAUUGUUCUUGACGUUAGGAAGAAGCUCGUCUCCAUUUGUCUUCAAGUAGCUAAAGGAAUGUGCUAUUUGGCUUCACAUAACUUCAUUCAUCGUGAUCUUGCUUCUAGGAAUUGCAUGAUAGAUGAUCACGGGAUCAUCAAAGUUGCUGAUUUUGGUCUCACUGAGGAAGUGUAUGCAAACAAUUACUUUAAGCAACUGAAAGACAACAAUGCAUCUGUCAAACUCCCCAUUAAAUGGAUGGCACUGGAAAGCCUUCAUGAUGGACUCUUCUCAGAAAAAUCAGAUGUUUGGUCCUAUGGUGUACUUUGUUGGGAGGUUUUCAGCCUUGGGAGGACUCCAUACCCUGGCCUGGAUCCUGCAGGAGUUGUAGACCUGCUUGACACAGGAGGGAGACUGCAGUGUCCUCACAAUACAGCCUGCUCACAAGAAAUUUAUAUGCUAAUGCUUUCUUGCUGGUAUGAACUAGUGUCUGAUAGACCUUUGUUCAGUGAGUUGGUGGCAUCACUUGAUGGUAUAAUAAUGCCAUUGGCUAACUAUCUGGACUUUACUGACUGUCAGUGACUUAUAUACUUUUACACUUG